AUGGCUCGGUCCCUCAAAGAUAUGAGGUCGUUUGUUCAGCUCAGGAAUGAGCUUUUAGAGCAUAGACUUCUACCUAGAAGGUAUCAUGCUUGGUUUUCUAGAAGUGGUGAGCGCGGUGAAGAUGAGGCUGAUGAUGGUGAUGGCUUCUCCUUACCUUUAGAUUACAAUAAUUUAAUGGACAGGUAUCCUCACAUAACUAAGGACCACCUGGUAAAGCUUAUGGAGCAAUUAAUGCCGAGUACAACCCAUCCUUUGAAUGGAAAGCAUGGAGGAAGUAGUCCUAAUGCAGCGGAUGUUCCCACUUUACUCGGAGAUGGUUCAUUUUCACUUCUUGACAUUGAUAGAAAAACGACUGCUAAGCAGGUGAAGCGACCUCCACUUUACAUGCGUUGGCCACACUUGAAGGCUAAUCAGGUUCAGGGGCUAAGUUUAAGGGAGAUUGGAGGUGGUUUUACAAAGCACCAUCGCGCUCCAUCUGUUCAGAGUGCCUGUUAUGCUAUUGCCAAACCAUCUACCAUGGUGCAGAAGAUGCAAAAUAUUAAAAAGCUAAGGGGUCACCGUGUGGCUGUCUAUUGUGCCAUACUUGAUGGAUCAGGGCGAUAUGUUAUCAGUGGCUCAGAUGACCGUCUUGUCAAGAUUUGGUCUAUGGAAACUGCAUUUUGUUUGGCUAGUUGUCGUGGACAUGAUGGUGACAUUACUGACUUGGCAGUAAGCUCAAACAAUGCUUUGGUGGCAUCUGCUUCAAAUGAUUAUUCUAUUCGAGUUUGGCGCUUACCUGAUGGGAUGCCCAUCUCAGUUUUGCGAGGGCAUGGUGGAGCUGUGAAUACCAUUGCGUUUAGUCCCAGGCCGAAUGCUGUAUACCAGCUGCUAUCGUCAUCGGAUGAUGGAACAUGUAGAAUAUGGGAUGCAAGAAAUUCACAAAAUCCAUGCAUAUACGUACCGCGGCCUUCAGAUGCUAUAACUGGGAGGGGAAAUGCUCCAUCAGCUAAUCUACCGUCCUCAAGUAAUGCUCAACCAGAACUUCAAAUACUUUGUUGUGCAUAUAAUGCAAAUGGAACUGUUUUUGUUACUGGUAGCUCUGAUACUUUUGCCAGGGUAUGGAGUGCUCCUAAGCCCAACACUGAUAACUCUGAGCUGCCAAUACAUGAGAUGGAUUUAUUAUCUGGUCAUGAGAAUGAUGUUAAUUAUGUACAGUUCAGUGGUUGCGCAGUGUCUUCGAAAACUUGGACAUCUGACUCUUGGAAAGAAGAAAAUACACCGAAGUUCAGAAAUUUCUGGUAUUCUCAUGAUAACAUAGUUACCUGCUCUCGUGAUGGAAGUGCAAUUAUAUGGGUUCCCAGAUCACGUAGAUCUCAUGGAAAAGUAGGACGUUGGAUUCGUGCAUAUCAUCUAAAAGUGCCAACACCACCCCUGCCUCCUCAACCUCCACGAGGGGGUCCAAGGCAGAGAGUGCUACCUACUCCCCGCGGCGUUAAUAUGAUUGUAUGGAGUCUAGACAACCGUUUUGUAUUGGCAGCUAUUAUGGAUUGCAGAAUAUGUGUUUGGAAUGCAGUUGAUGGCAGCUUAGUGCACUCUUUGACUGGUCAUACUGAAUCUUCUUAUGUUUUGGAUGUUCAUCCUUUCAAUCCUCGGAUAGCUAUGAGUGCUGGGUAUGAUGGUCGAACCAUUGUGUGGGAUAUAUGGGAGGGCAUACCUAUUCGAACAUAUGAAAUUGGACGCUUUAGGCUGGUCGAUGGAAAGUUUUCUCCGGAUGGAACAUCAAUCGUGCUUUCAGAUGAUGUUGGACAGAUAUAUUUUCUGAGUACAGGUCAAGGAGAGUCUCAGAAGGAUGCAAAAUAUGAUCAGUUUUUCCUUGGUGAUUACCGACCCCUAAUUCAGGAUACUCAGGGAAAUAUUCUUGAUCAGGAAACUCAACUUCCACCACACCGAAGAAACAUUCAGGAACCUCUAUGUGAUUCUAGUAUGAUACCAUAUCCAGAACCUUAUCAGAGUCAAUUCCAGCGACGCCGUCUCGGUGCUCUUGGCAUUGAAUGGCGUCCUUCUUUGAUAAAAUAUGCUAUUGGUCCAGAUUUUAGUGUUGGCCAGGAUUACCAGGUGAUACCUUUGGCUGAUUUGGAAGGAUUGCUUGAUCCACAACCAGAGUUUUUGGACGCCUUGUUAUGGGAGCCUGAAUAUGACAUCGUGAGUGAUGAUAAUGAUUCUGAAUACAAUGUGAACGAGGAUAACUCUAGCACAGCCGAGCAAGGGACUAUUAGUGUCAUCUCUUCUAGUGACUUGGAAUACAGUGAAAGCGACUCUAACAAUAGGGAUGGUCUUAGAAGAUCAAGAAGGAAAAGCCAUAAUAUUGGAGCUGAGGGAAUAACUUCUGGAAGGCGUGUUAGGAAAAGGAAUUUGGAAGAAUGUAACGGUAAGACUUCUGGAAAUAACAGAGUUAAGAAAUCCAAAGCAAGCUCAAAAUCAGCAAAAAGGAAAUCUUCCAAAGCUAAGACAUCGAGACCUCUGAGAACGGCUGCCCAUAAUGCUCGUAAUAUGUUAUCUCAUAUUGAUGAAACAUCUACUGAUGGGGAAGAUAAUUAUUCCGAAGAGGAAUCAUCAGACAGUUUUGAAGAUUCAGAAAAUCACAGUGAACCUGAGAGGAAAGUCCAUAUUAAGCGUGAAGAGCCUAAAAAAGCCCCAUUGGAAAAGUCUGCCAAUGUAUCCAAGCCACCUCCAUAUUCUGAGGCUCAGACAACUCUUGAAAGUAGACCGAGACUGGUUCUUAAGUUUUCACUUUCUAAGAAGAAUGUGCCUUUAGAGGACGCAAGAUUUGCACGUGAGAAUCAGGCUGAUAUGGUAUGUCAGUCUUCUACACCCCAAUCCCAAGAAAGAUUCCAAAAAACUUUGCCAGACACGAAUGGUAUGUCAGAUGCUACCAAUGCUAACCUUCCGGAAAGCCACACAUAUGACCUUUCAAGAUCAGGGGAUGCUUUGUUGACUGAUACUGAAAUUAAUGGUGAUCCUGAAUUUAGUGCCAAUGGGAAAUCAGAACAUAUGAAUAGCGAGUUAAAGACUGACAGUAGCAUGGUUAAUAUAGAGCUGUCUGAUUUUGAUAAUACAGCUAAUUUUUCAUCGCUCGAAUCUUGGGGGCUUGACAACCAUCAACCAAUUGCUGAUGGUCCCAUAGCAUCUGGUUAUGAUAAGUUGAGUGGUGGUUGUAAAGGCCAGUCUAAAUCUGAUAAAUGCACCGAGGACUCAAGCCACUCUCAAGACCUCAAAAUGAAAGCACCCCUUAAACCAACUAAAAUAGUUAUUAAAAAGAAACAGCCUCUAGAAGACAUUGAAGGGACUGAUCGAUUACCAGAAGCACUAGAAGGGGGAGAUGGCAGAAGUACAAGUUAUCCGCAGCUACUGAAUUCAUAUUCUGACCAGAGAAGUUAUAAUCACGUCCAUGAAAGGAAUAAAUCAUAUAAAAGGGAACCUAGUCCUAAUGGUUUUGAUUUUGAUCCGGAAGAAAAUGCUCCAGUUUACAGCAAUCAGCAUAGUUUAGGAAUUGAUUUAUCUAAUGUUGGCAGCGAUCCUAUUCGUCGAACGCGAUCAAUUAGGAUGAAAAGAACUUACGAGGAGCCAGAUGCUUUGAACGAGAGGAUUAAAAUCCGAGGUAGCCAAAGUUCAAGGGGCACAUCCAGCCGGGAAGGUUCUUCUAUCAAAGUGUCUGAUGAACUUCAUCAAAGAACAAGAUCUGCAAGAAACAGGUCUGAUGAAUAUAUUGCCAAUGAUCCUGGUGUUUUAGCUCAAAGCAUACCAAAUCACCAUGUCAAAAAGCUUUCAUGGCUAAUGCUUUCAGAAGAGCAUGAUGAGGGUUACCGUUAUAUUCCUCAACUUGGGGAUGAAGUUGUAUACUUGAGACAGGGUCAUGAAGAAUACAAAACCUCAUGUUCUACUACGUCUGAACCAGGUCCAUGGAUAUUAUCUCCAGCACUAAGGGCUGUUGAAAUUUGCAAAGUUGAAAAACUUGAGUAUGCGGAGGUCCCAGGUUCUGGGGAUAGCUGUUGUAAGCUUGGACUGAGAUUUGUGGAUCCUUCUUCACACGCUUUUAAAAAAUCAUUCAAAUUAACUUUACCCGAGUUGAACGACUUCUCCGAUUUUGUUAUUGAGAAAACAUUCUAUGAUGCUGUCAUGAAGAGAAAUUGGUCCCCAGAAGAAAGAUGCAGAGUAUGGUGGCGGAAUCCAGAUGGGAAAGAUGGAAGUUGGUGGCAUGGUCAAAUAGUUGCAGUGAAGGCCAAAUCUGAUGUAUUCCCUGACAGUCCUUGGGAUAGGUUUGAGGUCAACUAUGAUAAUGAUCCAACAGAAUGUCUUCGGCAUAGUCCUUGGGAACUCAAUGAUCCUGAGAUUCAACGAGAGCACCCCCACAUUGAUCCCGAGAUCAGAGAUAAGCUGCUGUUUUAUUUCACUAAAUUAUACCACAGGGAUAAGUAUGAUAUCCAGGCACUGAAUCGAGUAGCUGCGAAGUUGGACUUUUCAAACAGGUUUCCUGUUCCAUUUUAUCCCGAACUGAUUCAGUUAAGGCUAAAGAAUGAUUACUAUCGGAGUGUGGAAAGUGUCAAGCAUGAUAUAAAGGUGAUGCUAUCAAAUGCUCAAGACUACUUCACAAUUACAAAAAAUGAUAAGCUGCAGGGGAAGGUCAAGCGAAUAUCAGAAUGGCUUAGAAGAAAACUUGAAAGGAUAUAG